AUGGCCGAACUUCCAGAAUUUGCUCCAGCGGAGCCACCUUUGGGACCCCGACCGCCCGAUCCAGCCUUCUAUGCACCUCAGCAGGUUACACUCCAGAUGAGAGAGAAGGUAAGUCUGCCCGAGCGCGGUUCGAAAGGUAAUGCUGAGAUCGUAUGCGAUCAUCAGGUCUUCUCGCUCAGUGGAGAUGAUUUCACUGUCACCACCAUCCAGGGCAUGGAAGUCUGCAAGUGCAAGGGCAAAGUCAUGUCGUUGCACGGUAAGAAGCAGUUUACCGACAUGCAAGGCAAUGAGCUCUUCACCGUCAAGAAGAAGACGUUAGCCUUGUUCAAGACCUUUGAGGGCGAGAGUCCCAACGGCCACAAUUUCACGGUCAAAGGUAUGUCGGCGCAGUCUGGUUAGAACAACGGAAUCCACAGCUAAACUGACUGCCGAGGCCAUUUUUCCCUGGGAUCGUCCAAGUCCACGAUCCAUUUCAAGAACGCUUCCGACGGCCAACAAAUCGAGAUGAACAUCAAGGGCGACUGGUUCGACCGCAAGGCGGACAUCACCCUCAACGACAAGCCGGUUGCCCACAUCGCCCGCAAGUUUUUCAAUGUGAGGGAGAUGUUUGGUGACAAGCAGACUGUGAGUAAAAACUUUGCACAAUAGGCAGAAUGGUCAGCACUGACCAGAACAUGUAGUACUUUGUCACUGUUGCUGCCAACGUCGACUUAUCUUUGAUCGCGGCCAUCUGCGUGUGUCUCGACGAGCGCGAGAACGACGGUUGA